AUGUCUGGGGCAUACGCAGGACGGGACGUUGAGGGGCUAGAAGACAUGAUUGAUGAGCGUAUCCAGGAUUUUGUCGAGGUUAUUGAGCAGAAAUGGCUCUCUGAUGAUAAUGGGACAAAUACAUUUGACAUUGCCAAACGGGUCCAGUUCCUGGCUGUCGAUAUGAUCACACAUAUUUGCUUUGGAAAACCAAUGGGAUUUGUGAAGACAGAUAGCGAUGUGUCCAACUUCCUGAAAACAAUCGAAUCCCAGCUGCCCAUCGUUCAACAUUUCUCAGUCAUUAUCGAAAUUAACGACCUGUUGCACUGUCAGAUCACUCGUAACGAGGUCGAGAAGAGACAACAGUCCAAGAGUGAACCGAAGAAGGACAUGCUCACAUCUUUUAUGAAGCAUGGACUUUCUCCAAGUGAGGCAGAAACAGAGUUGAUCAUAUCCUUGGCAACCUUACUUGCUGUAGCGUCCAAUCCACGAGUAUAUGCUCGGCUGACCAAGGAAAUCGACGAAGCAGAAGCCAGUGGGAAGAUAUCCUCGCCGAUUCGAGACCAGGAAGCGCGUCGCUUACCAUAUCUCCAGGCCUGUAUAAAGGAAGGUCUUCGUUGUUUCCCACCUGUAGCUCAGUUACGCGAACGCAUGGUUCCUGCUGGAGGAGAUACAUACAAUGGACAGCAUAUCCUGAAGGCACAUUCAUCGGCUUGA